AUGUUCAGCAAUCGGAUAUUCUCUGCAUUACGAAACACAACUGUAUCUAGAAAUGUAAAUGCAUUACGAAAUACGCCAUCAGGCCGAUUCUUCUGGGACACCAGUCGCAAGCUUCUCAUCAUCGCAACCUGGAUUCCAGCAGUAGUCUUCUUCAAUGAAAAUGUCGGCAUGGUGACCUUCGUCACUGGGCCUUCCAUGUACCCGUACCUCAAUACCAAUUACAAUGAAAGCCAAUCUAAAGAUGCAUGUUGGGUCAACAAAUGGAAACCCACAGAAAAUCUCAAGAGGGGAAUGCUCGUCUCCUUCUGGAGUCCAGCACAUCCCGAAGUCCUCGCCGUAAAACGCGUCAUAGCUUUACCUGGAGAUAAAGUCGUAACAAGAGCUCCGUACCCUAUGCCUACUGUUGAUAUCCCGCGCAAUCAUAUCUGGGUCGAGGGGGACAAUAAAGAUGGAACGAAGACGUUGGAUAGUAAUUAUUAUGGGCCGAUUUCGACGAGUUUGGUGCAGGGGAAGAUUACUCAUGUUUUAUGGCCUUGGAACAGUGCUGGAAGGAUACGGUGGUGGGAGUUUAAGGGGAGGACAAAGGUUGUGAAGGGAAAGGGGGAGGAUUGA